GUUGGAGCACUUAUUAAAUGCGUGUGCAUCAUCUUCAUUACUGUGAGAUACGAGCCUUCUUGCAGAGAGGCCAGAUAGCUGCUGCCUGAACUGCUGCUGCUUUGCAAACACUGCAAAAUUAUGUAACAUCCAAACAAAAACGUCAUGACAACACAUACCGAAUACAGAACUGUGACUGUGAAGGUCAACAAUGGUCAUAAGUAGACUCUCACCAACACUGAAUCACACUCAUCAGAAUAUUGGUUUCAAGGACCACACAUGCUUUUUGUCUUUACUGUUUUACUAGAAUUUGUGUAUAUUUUACAUUAAAGCAACAUUAUGCAACCUCAAAAUAACAGCUUCAAAAUCAUUAUGAUGGUACACUGACUUGUAAUAGGGACAAUAGCACCUCUGUCAUUUCCACACUGCCUUAUCUUAACACGAAACUGCCAGAAUCAGGCGGAGCAAGUUCAUGAGUAAUGCCAAACUGUACGUCAGUUAAAAAGACCAAGAAGUCAUUAAAAACCAGUAAACCUCAAUAUUAAGUGAGGAACUUUGAAAAUAUCAAGAGUUUUAAGUAUAGCGUGUUUGUUAUAGCAACAGCACUUUCAGUUCCUUAAGCUGAGGACUGUGGGGAAUAUACACUGUUAUGCCAUGUUUAGUUCAGAAGGUGGAACCACGCAGCCAGAGCUCUGGUCCAUUAUGUACAUAUACACAGUGCAUGUGUAAGAAAUCUCUAUAUGUACAUAUGUAUAGUAAGAACAUGUAUAUCUCAGUUUGAAGACGGGUAUACUACGUGCAGAGAAGACUGGGGGUAGGGAGAGUCUGGAAUCAGAUACAAAAAAAUAUGUGCAUCAAACAAAUGGGGUUUGUAGUUUAUCUGAGGCUCUGGCAUGGUUUAACAACCUACAAUUAUUGCCACUGAUAGCUUCCCACCUAUACGUGAGACCUUAGUAUUCUUCUUCCUCUAUUGCAGGCUCACCGUUAGACAAACAAGUGACGAACUUUCAUCAAAGACACUGAAAGUGGAUUAGAGGCAGCCAAGAGCCUUAUAAUGGAUGACUCAACAGAGGUUCGAACAAAUGGCAAUUCUCUGCUAAAGGCGGUCUGUUUGAGUCGUCUGCGUCUGACUCGGCUGCUCUUGGAGGGAGGGGCCUACAUAAAUGAGAGUAAUGAACUUGGUGAGACACCACUUAUGGUGGCCUGCAAGACACGCCAUGUAGAUUCACAGAGUGUACCCAAACACAAGAUGGUUCGGUAUCUUCUGGAAAAUGGUGCUGAUCCAAACAUCCAAGACAAGACAGGGAAAACAGCUCUGAUGCAUGCAUGUCUCGAACAAGCUGGAGUGGAAAUACUGUCACUCCUUCUGAACAGUGGAGCUGACCCAACUCUGGAGGAUCAUGCAGGCUUAUCAGCAUUGGUUUAUGCAGUCAAUUCAGGAAACAGGGAUGUACUCAGGGUCCUUCUGGAUGCCUGUAAAGCAAAGGGGAAGGAGGUUAUCAUCAUCACCACCAACAAACUGCCAUCUGGCCAUCAAGUGACCAAACAGUACCUCAAUGUCCCUCCAACUCCUGACCUUGAGGAGCGCCUGCAUUACACCCAGACUUCUUGUUGCAUGUCUCCAUAUGAGCUUCAGCUACGAACUUCUCCACAGGGCUCUUCAGCAAGUCCUUCUCCCCAGUCAGGUAGCCCACUUCUUGGCCUCAGGGAUCCUCACUGUUUAGGCUCAGGGCCUGGCUUAGUCCCAUCUCAACCAGAUUCUCCAAUCCAACAUCCUAGUCCUUUACGUGUUCCUGGUGUGGAUAAGCGACUUAAUCUCCAUAGACUACACUCAGAGCAGUGGUCCAAGAGUCCCUCCCUGCUGUUCCAGCAGAGCCAGGCCUCCUCUUUGACAGAGGAGCCAGUUGAAAUUACACCUGAGGAGGAGUUAUCCUUCAGAGUCAAUAGCCUCGCCAUACAUGGAAGACCUCCUAUUGUUUCACGCCACCACAGUAUUGAUGUUAAAGAUGCAACAGGGCUUCUGAAAGCACUAGAGAACGUGUCAGGACAUGAGAAUAGGGGAGUGGGUGGAAGAAGAGUCUUUGGUAGAAAGAUGUCAUAUGACAGUGCUGCAAGUUCAUUGUAUUCUGCUUCACACCCAAACUUGCAUCAAGACAGCCUCCCCUUUCCCAAUGAAUCAAGUCCUGUGGAUGAAGAUUCCUCUGACUCUCUCAGACAACUGAAUGUUUCUAGUUUGCAAAAUGUGGUACAUCGGCGGAACAUUGGUAUUAACCACUACAGUUCUGACUCUCAGUUACCACAGUUUGGAAGCCGAGACAAUAGCUCCAAGAGUGUUGGUGGAGCUGGAGCGGGACCAGAAAGGCACAAGCUGGUCAACAGCAAGUCCUCCACUCUCUCAGGAUCCAAGGAAUCCUUGGAGAGCUCUGUUCAGAGACGAAGCACAGCCAGACUGGAGCGAAGAGGCUCAGGGGCCCUUCUUCUGGAUCACAUUGCCCACACUCGCCCUGGAUACCUCCCUCCUCUGAAUCCCCAUGCUCCUAUACCAGAUAUUGGGGUCAGCUCUAGCUCUUCCUGCCCUUUGAGUGGAAGUAGCAAGACACUGAAUGGUGUCCUUACAGGUUCAAAGCCUAUUAUACCAUGUGCACCUGUUUGCCAGAAGAAUCUAAAAGCCAACAAAAUGCUGUGGAGACGCCACUCAAUGCAGAGUGAGCAGAUAAAACAGCUGGUCAACUUCGAGGAAACCUUUGGCCACUAGAAUCAAAUUUUGCAUCUAUCAUGGGAAGAUGCUCUCACCAGUAUUAUACAUUACUGCACUAUACCUAUAGUAACACAGCUGAUACCAGUUCUUGUGACUUCAUUGUGAAACCUUGCAUUAUAAUUAUCUGAGAAAAUUAAGAGAUGCUUUAUAUACUACAUUUAUAUACUGUAGCACUUUUCUAGAACAGCUACAUGGUUUGACAAAAAAUAUUUAACAGAAGCUCCAACUUACUUUCUGUUUAUAAAGCUUUCAACAUCUCAUUUCCUUGUGGUCAUAAGAUAACAAGUAAAUGAGGGACAGAUAGGGUAAACCUUCUUUUAGCAGAUGUUACUCCAACCAUCCACUGACUCCCAAUCGAUGAUCCCUUUCCAGUUGAUGGAGUGAGUGGUUUUGGUCUGGUGGUUUCUUGACAGACAUGUCUGAUGUGUCAUGUUCAGUAAGUCCAUUGUUUUCUUUGCUGUUUCACUGAUGUACUGCUCCAAACAGCUUUCACAAGUGUUGCAUAAUUUGUAGUGUUAGUUCAUACUUGCAUGGGGACUUCAGAUAAAAAAGAAAGUAGGUAGUGGCUAAAUGAGGUACAAAGAUCCUUUGUCUUUGUAGGUGAUUUAUGUUUUUGUAUGUGAUCCCUAGCAAAUAAAUGUAAUAAAAUUAAACACUGCCCAGCCAUGUAUGGGAGCCCCACUGAGAUGUUUAUGGUGGUAAAGUUGGCAGCAUUUGCCCUUGUGGACAAAAAUAACAAGGCAAGCAAGAACUCCCCACAUAACACUCUUUUUAUGCAGGGACUUGGAGCAUAUAGAGUUAAAUAGUUUAAUGUUUGGGUGGAAUUUUCAUCUUUUCCUCAUACAAAGAGUAUUCUGUACCUGUACCUCCCUCUCUCUAUCCUCUUCACUGAUAGGACAUAGGGCUUAAGGAAUGUCCUCACAGCUGAUCUGUUAUGUUGUCAGAGGAGGUUACAAUUGUAAAUAAGAUAAAAGUCUGAUGGACUGGGUAUACACUGUGGCCUUAAUGCUCCUGUCUUCAGUUCCAUUUGGGGGAUUUGUCAAAAUUCAAAUUUUAAGUCAUGUUCUAACAAGUAAAUUAUCUCCAUGAUAACUAAGCAACACAAUCUGCAGAGAGAGUCCUUGAGAUGUGAAAAUGACAAGUAAGUAAGAUCUUGGGUCGAGAUUCUUGUCAUACUGUUGUUUGUAAGAUCAAGACUGAAACAUUAAGCUCAAGUUACAUGGUUGCUCAAAAAAAAGAUGAAUCUAUACCUUGAGGCAUGUUGUCCAAUUUAUAAUAUUAAAGGUUUUAUGUGGAAUAUGUGCAUUUUAUGAUCAUGAUUCAUGAUUCAGACUUAAUCCAACAGCAGUUAUGUGUCUAUGUAAUGAAGAAUGCUUUUUAAAGCCAAAGAAAUCUGAGACAUUACAGAAAACUACAUCUUUGAGAAUUACCUUGCAUCAGAGAGAGAAUACAAUCAGAGUGAAUACUGCUGAAUAAACACCCACUUUUCAUUUACUGGCUGUCAUUGCCAAUUUUGGACCAGAAAUAUGGCUUGUGUAUUAAUGCUGCUUCAUUGUAGUUUUAUCAGUUAUUUUCCUCUACACUUAAAAAUGGCAAUAUAUGCUAUACAAAGGCAUAAAUAGCAAUUAUCUAAAUUGCACAAACAUGUACUGCAUGUCACUGUUGGAACAAAGGGGCUUUUACUGCCAUAAACUGCACAGUAAUAAAAACACAUCAGAACAGCACUUAAAGUUUUCUCUUUGUGUUGUGAGAGCUUUCCCCUUUAGAAUAACCUUUUAUGUAACAAUUAGUAAAUCUGCAUCCUUGAAAUUAAAAAAACUUUCUCAGAUACUUUUGUUACCACAUACAGUGUUGCCACUUCAGUGGUGCAUUCAAUUGUCAGUGUUCUUCAUUAAAGUGUAUUGUAUUUCACUCAAUUUCCAAUAAAACUUGUAUCAAAUAUUUGAGUGAUUUUGUAUCAGAAUGUGUAACUUGCGUGAAAAAAUGUUUGUUUUAGACAUUUUAUUUACAGAGAAUAGUGAUCACCAGAACCGUACUGUGACUGUGUGUAAAGCCAGUAAUAAUGAUACAAAACAACUUCAGCAGAUUAAAAAAAGGAUUGUCCUUGCCAUCUCUGCUAUUGCACAGUAAGUGAUACACAGUAAGCUUAUCAGUCAAAUUUCUGUUCACCGCUGAGCCUUCAGCCUCCAGAUAAGCUAAUAUAUCUCCAGCUUACUGACUGAGUCUUUUACGACUUCAAACUAUCAAAUUUUAACCAUAAUUUUGCAUGAUCAUAUUAUACAGUGGUGGAAUGUAACCAAAUACCAAUACCAUGUACUUAAGUACUUGCCUCUCUUGUCACUGUAUACUUCAUUACAUGUCUGUGAAAAAUAAUUUUACUCAAUUCUGUCUAUUUUACAGCAUUGGUUUCUAGUUACUUUGCAUAUAAGGAAUUUAUAUACAAAGUUCAACCUGAAAAAAUAAAAUAGUCAAAAUUAGCUCCAACUCAACCAACUGCCAACAGUAAAGUGCUACUUACACAUCAAAGCAUAGGUAAUAAUGAUCAUCAUAACAUAAUGAAAUACUAGGAGGCCUUUUUUUUCUUGUAUAAUGAGUACUAUUACUUCUUACACUUUAAAGACUAGAUUACUACCCCCUGAAAAGCUGGUCUUUGCUGACCUCCAGUGGUUUAAUUUGUCCCCUUGCUCUGGUGAUGUAGAGGUGUAUCUCAAGAUCCUGUGACAUCACUGCAUGUGAUUACAGGUGCAAC